UCAUCAAAGAAGAAGAAGCAGAAGAAGAAGAAGAACCUAAGGCGAUAGCUCUUCCUGUAGUAGCAACAUGGCUAGUUGUUGUUCCCUGAAAGUAUUCACACUUUUCAGCCUGUUUAUUGUUCCUGGCGCGGUGGAAAGUAAUAAUAUUGAGGCUAAAGCUGGUCAAUUCUUCAGCAGUGGACACACAAACAACUGGGCAGUUUUGGUGUGCACAUCCAGAUUCUGGUUCAACUAUCGUCAUGUGGCCAACACACUAUCUGUGUACCGUAGUGUCAAGAGACUGGGCAUCCCAGACAGUCACAUAGUUUUGAUGCUGGCAGACGACAUGGCGUGUAACCAUAGAAACCCGAAGCCGGCCACGGUGUUCAGUCACAAGAACAUGGAGCUCAACGUGUAUGGAGAUGACGUAGAGGUGGAUUACCGUGGUUACGAGGUGACCGUUGAGAACUUCCUUCGUGUGCUGACGGGAAGGCUGCCACCCAGCACGCCGCGGUCUAAACGCCUCCUCUCUGACGACCACAGCAACAUCCUCAUCUACCUCACUGGUCACGGUGGGAACGGCUUCCUGAAGUUCCAGGACUCUGAAGAGAUCAGCAACGUGGAGCUGGCCGAUGCCUUUGAACAGAUGUGGACUAAGAGAAGGUACAAUGAGCUGCUGUUCAUCAUUGAUACGUGUCAGGGAGCCUCCAUGUAUGAGAGAUUUUACUCUCCUAACCUCAUGGCCCUGGCCUCCAGUCAAGUAGGAGAGGACUCCCUGUCGCACCAGCCAGACCUGGCUAUCGGGGUCCAUCUAAUGGACAGGUAUACAUUCUACCUGUUGGAGUUUCUGGAGGAUAUUCACCCUGCUAGCACCGCUAACAUGAAUGAUCUGUUUAAGGUGUGUCCUAAGAGUCAGUGUGUGUCCACUCCGGGCCACCGUACAGACCUUUUCCUCCGGGACCCCGGAAACGUCCUCAUCACCGACUUCUUUGGCAGUGUCCGUAAAGUAGAGAUCACCAUGGAAACCAUCAACCUGACAGCUCCCAUGGUGCAUCUGGCUGUGGAAAGACCAGUAGGUGAGCUGAAGACAGAGAGCCAGUCAUAUGUGGACCAACUACCAGUGGCUGAGAUUAUACACCAGAAACCAAAGCAGAGGGACUGGCACCCUCCAGAUGGUUUCAUCCUGGGUUUGUGGACUCUCAUCCUCCUGGUCUUCUUCAAGACGUACGGCGCCAAGCACCUUAAGCACAUCUUCUAACCCCUGACCUUUUGAAACCCAACCUCUGACCCAUUUCUGCUCCUUGUGCAGUUUGCACCAGUUCCCUUGGCUUCCUAGAUUUGAAAGAGGACUGGUAUAGGACUCAUGGUGAAUACUCUAAAGCGCAGGCGUUCAUCCAUCCGAUUAUUUUAAAUGCACGGGGAAUCGUGCACGACUGCACACUUCAGGAUAAAGGACAGGCAAUUGGGACGCGGUGUUGGCGAGGUCCCAAUCUUCUGGAUUACUAGAAGACUACAAAGAUGUUAUUAACAGGGAAUGAAUGAUGCAGUCUUUUAGUGGUAAUUGCCUUUCUAAGUCAUUCUAUUUCUAUGGUUAUUAACAUUAUCGAACGGGGCGAUCUGUGAUUGGUACAUCCAUUUUGUUAUUGUUUGAAGAGCAGAUGGUUUAUGUUUAAACUCUGAACUGUGUUGGAGAGAAUGUGGUGACAACACUGACCUGCACAAAGACACAUUGUUGUGCCUUUCUGGAC